AUGCUCUUCGUCUCUCGCUUGCGAGCCAGAGAAAAUGGCUUCUACAGUACCUUCGUCUUCUCUAAACCCCUCUCUUUCUAUUCUUCCUCCGUAUCCCAGUUGCAGAGAGCUGAUUCUACUGAAGCUCGAAUACCCUGCGAAAAAGAAGACGAUGCAAUAGAAGCAGAAGAUCGUAGACGCAAUGUAACCGAUAGAGCUUACUGGAGAAGACGGAUACACAGUAUCUGCGCCAUUAAGAGAAAUCCCGACGAAGCGCUUCGGAUUCUCGACGGCCUCUGCCUCCGUGGAUAUCGUCCCGAUUCGCUUAACCUGAGCAGUGUGAUCCACGCUCUUUGCGUCGCCGGACGAUUCGACGAAGCUCACCGCCGGUGUCUCCUCUUCGCCUCUUCAGGUUUUAUCCCAGACGAGCGAACCUGCAACGUCCUCAUCGCGAGGCUUCUGGAUUCAGGAUCUCCGGUGAGUACCUUGGGAGUUAUACACCGUUUGAUCGGUGCCAAGAGAGAGUUCGUGCCGUCGUUGACGAAUUACAACCGUUUGAUCAAUCAGCUGUGUUUGAUUGAUAGGGUUAUCGACGCGCAUAAGCUUCUCUUCGAUAUGAGGAACAGAGGGCAUCUCCCGAAUGUUGUGACUUACACCACAUUAAUCGGUGGCUACUGCAAAAUCCGAGAGCUCGAUAUUGCCCACAAAGUGUUCGACGAAAUGCGUGCUCGUGGCGUGAGGCCUAAUUCCCUCACGCUGAGUGUUCUCAUUGGUGGUUUUUUGAAAGAGAGAGAUGUUGAAACCGGAAGGAAGCUGAUGAAGGAGCUCUGGGAACACAUGAAGGAUGAGACUGAUAAUACAUCAACGAAAUCAGCAGCUUUUGCGAAUCUCAUUGAUUCAAUGUGCAGGGAAGGUUAUUUCAAUGAAGUUUUCGAGAUUGCUGAGUUUAUGCCACAGUGUGAGUCAGUGAAUGUUGAGUUUGCUUACGGGCAUAUGAUGGAUUCCUUGUGUAGACACAGGAGAAACCAUGGAGCUGCGAGGAUUGUUUAUAUAAUGAAGAGUAAAAGGUUAAAACCGAGAGAAACAUCUUUCAAUGCUAUAAUCCAUGGUUUGUGCAAAGAUGGUGGGUGCAUGAGGGCUUAUCAGUUGCUAGAAGAGGGAUCAGAAUUUGGGUUUUUUCCGUCUGAGUAUACUUAUAAGCUCCUAGUGGAGAGUCUAUGCAAGGAAAUGGAAACUGGUAAAGCGAAGAAUGUUUUAGAGCUGAUGUUGAGAAAAGAAGGAACAGAUAGAACUAGAAUCUAUAACAUCUACCUUCGAGCUCUCUGCGUAGUAGAUAACCCGACUGAGAUCUUGAAUGUGCUGGUGAGUAUGCUUCAGGGAGACUGUAGGCCAGAUGAGUAUACACUUAACACAGUUAUUGAUGGAUUUUGCAAGAUGGGGAGGGUGGAUGACGCCAUGAAAGUUCUUGGCGAUAUGAUGACAGGGAAGUUCUGUGCACCAGAUGCUGUGACAUUGACUUCUGUGAUGUGUGGCUUGCUUGCUCAGGGAAGAGCAGAGGAAGCUCUUGACGUGUUGAACCGGGUUAUGCCAGAGAACGGGUUUAAGCCAGGUGUUGUUACAUACAACGCUGUGAUGCGUGGGUUGUUCAAGCUACAUAAGGGAGGUGAAGCUAUGUGUGUGUUUGAUCAGAUGGGGAAAGCCGGUGUGAGUGCAGAUAACACUACCUAUGCUAUUGUUAUUGACGGGUUGUGUGUGACUGGUCAGGUGGAUACGGCGAAGAGGUUAUGGGACGAUGUGAUAUGGCCGUCAGGGAGACAUGAUGCGUUUGUGUAUUCAGCGUUUCUGAAAGGGCUUUGCCGGUUUGGUGAUCUAGGUGAUGCUUGCCAUUUCCUAUACGAGUUGGCGGAUUCUGGAGCGGUUCCCAAUGUUGUGUGCUAUAACAUUGUGAUUGAUGAGUGUUGUAGAAGUGGGUUGAAGAGAGAAGCGUACCAGAUUUUGGAGGAGAUGAGGAAGAACGGCCAGGCUCCUCAUGCUGUGACCUGGCGGAUACUUGAUAAACUACAUGAUUCUAGGUCUCUAGCUGUGGAAGAAUAG